UUUCGAAUCUACAGUAUCGGCAUGACCCGCACCAAGAAGAGUGCGCGUCGCGGCAAGCGCAACGCCGAUGUAGCUCCAGCUACAUCCAACAAGAAGCAGAAGAAGAACACGCCUAAAACUGCAAAUGCUACUACUCCUGCUGCAACUGCAAUUACCAAUGGAGAGAAGGGCAGCCGCGAGUGGGCUGAGAACACGUUGACAAAGCUGCUGGGUGGCAUGUCGCUGGACACAUUCCUGUCCGAGUACUUUGAGAAGAAGCCGCUGCAUGUGCGCAAGGCAGACAAGGGCGCAUUAUUCGACAGCAAUCUGUUCUCGCGCAAGAAGUUGCUUAAAGUCAUGGAGAAGCAGCACCGGUCAUUGAGCUUCGGCAAGGACCUCACGGUGUGCAGAUACGUCGACUCAGAGCGCGAAAACUUUGACGGCGAGGACACUAAUGGCCAUGCUACGAGUCGACAGGUGGCUAGUCUGCUGGACAGAGGCUAUAGCUGUCAGUUCUACCAGCCGCAACGAUACGAAGACGGACUGUACGAGCUGAAUGCAGCGUUUGAGGACGUUUUCGGCGGUCUGGCAGGCUCCAGCGCAUACUUGACCCCUGCCAAUUCGCAAGCAUUGGCGCCGCAUCAUGAUGAUGUCGAAGUUUUUGUGGUUCAGACGCAGGGCCGCAAGAAGUGGAAGCUUUAUCACCCGCUGGUGGAGCUGGCGGGUGAACACAGCUCGGACCUGGCAGAGGAUCAAAUCGGUGAGCCGUGGAUGGAGCUGACUGUGGAGGAAGGAGACCUCUUGUACUUCCCACGUGGCGUCAUACACCAGGCAUGCACGGACGAAAAGGAAUUUUCCACGCAUGUGACCAUCUCAGUGUACCAGCACAACACGUGGGCUAAUUUCCUGGAGGUGGCGCUGCCCCGUGUUAUCCGUCAUGCAUUCGACUCAGACGUCUCGUUCCGUGAGGGUCUUCCGGUGGGCUACCUGGACUCGGUGGGCACCCAGUUCCCAGCGGACUCGGCAAAGGCGAAGGAGUUUAUGGCAACGUGCAAGAAGCUGGUGGGCAAGCUGGCUGCUCACGUAAGUGAAAAAGACUUGCAGGAGGCUGCUGAUGAAGCUGCCCUGGAUGUGCUUGCAAACCGUCUACCGCCGCCAUCAGAGGGAAAGGACGACGAUGACGAGUCUGGCCCGAGUCCGCUUGAUGGAAACGUCUCCAUUUGCUUCAAGAACCGCUCACAUAUCCGCUUGUCGAUUGGUGAAGACGAGAUGAAAGAGGCGUUUGUCGCCGUCUAUUUCUCGCUGCACAACUGUAGGCGGCAUCACAUGGGCCUGUGCACAUGUGACGGUGGAGAUGAUGAGGAGGGCAAGGAACGUGAGGAAGAAGGCGAUGGUAGUGACGCUGGCGAGGAAGCUGAGACUAGCAGCGCCGACGGAGACCAUGGCGACGACCAGAGCGAUGACGAAGAUGGAGACCUCAGUGCUGCGUUUGGGCAAAUGCCUCCUCAACCCAAGAGCAUCGCUUUCCCAGGAGACUUGGCACCUGCGCUUAUGAAGCUCUAG